AUGAAUGAUGACCCUUUAGAGAUUCUCCAAGAACUUGUCCGUUCCGAUGAUAUUGAAUAUCCACACGAAGUAUUUCAUUUUUGUAUUACAGAAAAAUCAAAAAGUAUUCUACGGGAGCAAGUAAGAAAACAUCAAAUUAGUAUCAUAUCUGCAACAAAACGUUCUGAUUAUUUAUUUGUACAAUAUAAACUUGAUCAAUUGAAAUAUUUGAAUGAUCUACUGCAUCAAGAUGAUAUUGAACAAAUCUACAAAGAUUGUGUUGCAUUCAUAAGUACAUGUCUUAAAGAAGAGUAUGAAAUAGGUAUUUCAGAUUUAAAUCGUUGUUUAAUGAAUCAAACAGUUUUGACCAUUAAAGAUAUGCAACGAUAUCAAAUAUGCAUCGAACAUUCUCAAGAUGCAAAAGAAUUAAAAACCAAACAUUUAACUCAGGAUGCCGUUCACAGUAGCACAUUCACUCAAUAUCUAACUCAACUGGUAAAUAUAAUGUACAUUGAUCUAAAAGAUAAAAAUAUAGAUGAUCCAUUAGUGAAAAUCAGUUUAGAUAAAAUAAAACUUCUUUCAACAUUUAUUUCUGAUGUUUCUAUUACAUAUAACAAUAUUCAUCGAUUGUUUACUGAAAAAAUUGAAUUAAUAGUAAAUUCUUUCAACAUUUCAGUGCAAUCCACUCAGUUCAGUGAUAGCGCCAGUAAUCUGACAAAAUUACAAAGUGCAAUCACUAUUUUAGCCGAUCAUUUCGAUUCCCAAAAAUUAGCAGCAACAUAUAAACAAAUGAAAGAAUACCUUCUAAAAUAUCUCAACGAUUCUUCAGUAAAAUUUAAUGUUACUUUUACCAAAAAGCUAGAUAAAAGUGAUAUAGAUAAUUUAAAUAGUUAUAUUUGUAUAUUAGAAUCUGCCAAUAAUACAUUUUCUCUUCAUUCACAUAUUUCAAAAGAAGAGUUGAAUGCAAUUUAUGAAAAUCUUUCAUUGAAAAUUAUGAAUUAUUUUAAAGCCAUCGUUGAAAAAAUUGAGCAAACAGCUGAACUUUCAAAUUUAGAACCAUUGAUGGCUGAAUUAGAUUCAAUUAGAACAAUAUCUACUUUUGAUAUAAAAACUACCCAAUUAUAUUUUAGUACACUAGAAAAACUAUUAAAAUAUGUAAAUCAAUGUAGACGAGAUGUUGAACAACUCUUAUUUUCUUUAUUUCGACAAGAACAAAUCGAUUUUGAUAAACUUACUAAUUGUUUGAUUAGUCUUAGAGAUGCAAAAUGGAUAGAAAAGUAUCGAACUGGUGUGUAUUGUGAUGUUAUCGAUAAUAUUGAAAAACAAAUUAUUGAGCUAGUCAAAGAAUUGAAAGAAUCUGCUAUGCAAAUUAAUUUAGAUUUAUAUAAUUCUAAUAAAAUUAAAGAUGCACAUCAAAUAGUAUUGUAUAUCAAUGAAAUGAAACGUUUGAAUAAAUUUGUUCCUAGUAUAGAUAAACAUAUAGAUCAAGUGAAUAAAUGGUUUAUAAAAGUAACAAAUGAUGUAUUUGAUAUUAUUAAAAAUACAUUUAAUGUAGAAAAAUGGAAAGAACAAGAAUAUGAAACAUUAGAUUUUAGUAAAGCUGAAAAAGGUUUAAAUUAUUUAUAUAUUUGUAAAGAAAUUCCCGAUUUAUUUCAAACUGAUUGUAAGUCUACACUAACUAAUUUGGAAGAGUUUAUAAAAUAUUUUAAUAGUUUUGUUCAAAAUGAAAUGGAGAGUAAUUUUGAAAAAAUUGAAAAAUACGAAGGAAAACAUGCAGAUGAAAUAUUUGAAAAAGCAAGAAUUUUAGCUAGUCGUCUGCAAGAAAUAAGUGAAAUAGAAACAAAAUAUAAACGUAUUUUUUCUUAUUUUUUACAAAAAAAAUUAAUUAAGGAAUGGAAAAAAAAAUUAUCAGAAUAUUUAAAUGAAUUAUUAAGAGUUAUGGAUCUCUUGAGUCGUACAAAACAAACUGAUGCUUAA